GUGUUUCUUUCAUCUGAACCGGAAAAUAUUAACAAAUUAAAUUCGUCUCGCUUAAGGCAGUUCUAACUAGAAUCGAUAUAACAAGAAGAUGCUCAGAUAUAGAGGAAAGAAGAAUGUUAUAGACAAAGUGAAGGAAUUCGAUGCAUUUCCCAAAGUUCCGGAGAAGUACGUCGACAGUACGCCAGUCGGUGGAACGUUCUCUGUUAUCACUUUUUUUAUUAUACUGUGGUUAAUUUAUAGUGAAGUCGCGUACUAUUUAGAUAGUAAUUUAGUUUUUAAAUUCUCACCAGACACUGAAAUGGACGAGAAAUUGAGGAUAAACAUUGACAUAACGGUUGCUAUGCCGUGUUCGAACAUUGGCGCUGAUAUUUUGGACUCUACAUCGCAAAGCGUGUUCGGUUUUGGUGAGUUGACUGAAGAAGACACGUGGUUCGAACUUACACAGGAGCAGCAAGACGCAUUCGGAGCUGUUAAAUACUUAAACUCAUAUUUAAGGGAAGAAUACCACUCAAUAUGGCAAUUAUUAUGGAAAAAGGGUCAUGGAUCUGUUCGAGCUAUUGUUCCGGCUAGGAAAACGAAGCCAAAUCGAAGACCAGACGCAUGCAGACUACAUGGUAUACUUACUUUGAACAAAGUAGCUGGUAAUUUUCAUGUGACGGCUGGGAAAAGUUUGCAUUUGCCCCGUGGACAUAUUCACUUGAACAUGUUAUUUGAUGACACACCUCAGAACUUCAGUCAUAGAAUACACAGACUUAGCUUUGGGAGUCCGGCUAAUGGAAUAAUAUACCCGCUCGAAGGUGAUGAGAAGAUAACAACGGAUGAAAAUAUGUUGUAUCAGUAUUUUAUUGAAGUUGUACCAACAGAUGUAGAUACAGCGUUUGAAUCUAUCAAGACUUAUCAGUACUCAGUUAAAGAGUUAGAAAGACCGAUCAGCCAUUUGACAGGUUCUCAUGGUGUACCGGGGAUUUUCUUUAAAUAUGAUAUGGCUGCAUUAAAAAUUUACGUUUACCAAGAGAGAGAAAACUUUCUUCAGUUUAUGUUAAGACUGUUCUCUAUUAUAGGUGGUAUUUACAUUAUCGUAGGUUGCUUUAAUGCUCUAGUGUUGAAAGUACAAAAUAUAUUUAUUAAGAAAGCGGCACCAUCUGUGUUGAACCAUACGCAGAUGUUUGAAAAGAGACCGGUUCAGUUGAAUCCGUUGCUGAUACAGACGGACCUAAAUGUUCCUUUAGGGAUAGUGAAGCAAUGAUAGCAAAGAAUUAUUAGAUGUAAGUUUAAAUGUGAACUGAAAUUUGUAUAUAAGAGAUUCUUUUUGGCUGGCUCAUGCAAAGGCCAGAGGUAACGUAACAUAACUUUAUUCUUAAGUUGAAGUCAAAUAAUCAAAGUCAAUUCUUAAAGAUUACAACAAAUCUGAUAAGGU